GAUUUCAAGUGUGCCAUUCACUUGGUGGAGGAACUGGCUCUGGAAUGGGAACUUUGCUGAUAUCUAAGAUCAGGGAGGAGUAUCCUGACAGAAUGAUGCUCACUUUCUCUGUUUUCCCAUCACCAAAGGUUUCCGACACAGUUGUUGAGCCAUAUAAUGCCACCCUUUCAGUUCACCAACUUGUUGAGAAUGCUGAUGAGUGCAUGGUGCUUGAUAAUGAGGCCUUAUAUGAUAUUUGUUUCAGGACUCUUAAGUUAACUACUCCAAGCUGUAAGUCUUCUAUCUACUUCUACGGAGACACUAGUUCUUUAUCAUAG